AUGACGGUUGGCCUUACCCUGAUCAGCCGCACCACAUAUAUUUUUAAGAGACAAUACAUCUUCAUCAGCGGUGGUGUCCUUGGAACCGUUGGGAGUAUCAUAUGCGCAAGAGCGGACAGCGUCAACGCCUUCAUCAGAGGCAUGACAUUGAUCGGACUGGCUGCAUCGACCCAGGUAUCUUAUUUCUAUGUGGUAGCAGAGCUUGUGCUGAUGAAAUACCACUUUGCAGCCAACAGCCUCAUGUACAUCUUCACGACGCCGGGCGGUGCCUUUGCGCCUGCCAUCGGCGAGAGUACUCCACACCACCUCUGCAGGCUGGCGGGGAGUGUUUUACAUCCUGAUUACCAUUAA